UGAUUGACCACCGCCAUUCAAUCUCAUCUACAAGUAACUAUCUUUUCCUUCUAAAUUAUUUAACGCUUCAGGAAAAUUUCUCAACCUCUAGUUGAGAUCAUACCUAUUGCUCUUAACCCACUUACUCCCAGCAGUCCAUCAGCGCAUUUCCCCCUCCCCCGCAAGUAUGCCGCCUAAUAAUAAGAAGAAGAAGAAGCCCGCCGCCAACCCAGCUCGAGGAUUUGCAACAGUCUCCGUUCCGUCGAAACCUAAAUCUACUAACACAACAGCUCCUGCGUCGAGAGCAGAAUCUAAAUCAGUCUCAGAGAGUGACCGACUGACCCCAGCGGAAAGCAGCCAACCAACAACGGAGACCCAGGGCGCUCCAUCUUUACAAAAUUACUCUCCAGAGGAACUAGAGAGGCACCUCGAAGAUGCGGAACUGCAAAUCCUGGUAGAGAAAUACGCCUCCAAGUGCAGGAAUGAUGCAGCCCGUCAAGUUACAAAACUAGAAACGGAGCGAAGGGUACUCCGGCAGCAAGCCUUCUCAUUAAGUCUUUUAGAGUGGUUGCCUGCUGGGACACUGGAUUCAAUCCUUAGUCUUGCCGAGACUGAAGAGUGUGAAAUGAGGCCCCCAUCGGUACGGGACUCGAAUACUUUAAAAAAGUCUGGCUCGGAAGAGGAUCUGUACAUGAGGUUAUGGACGCUAAGGGAGACCCUUUUCAAGCUCGGCUUUCCCGAGGCAAAAGUAGAGGAGUCAUUAAAACAUCUCUUACACUAUUUUCCCGGUAAUUUUGCCACUUCCAAUAGGGACAUGGUGUGUAAUCUGGACGAGGCUCUAGACUGGCUGGCAAUGCACUGCGACCCCAAAGAACUACCACCUUAUACGCAGACCAAUGCCCAGCUACGCAAAGAUGAAAAGAAUCUUUCCUGGAUAACCGAUCGUGAGCCAACACAAUCUUCUACUCCAAACUUGACCCAAGAUGUUAGCAAAGUGAAAAAGACAAAAAAUCCGCCAAAGGAACUCCAUCCUUCUAUAUCGAGCCCCUAUGAUUCUGAUAGCUCCCUGGACCCCGACACUCUGCUGCCGAAGUACUUAGAGCUGCAGACUCAACUCUAUAAUCUCCAGCCCGAGGCCUUUGACAAACCUAAGAAAGGAAAACGGUCGGCCCAUGGGAGUGUUGAAAUGGACACCAACGAACAUCAAGUAGCGAAGAUUCGGCGGAAAAUUGCCGGCAUUGAAAAUGAUGUACUCUUCGACCGUAUAGAAGCUGAGUAUCGGUGGAAAGAGAAGCUUGAUGACUUGAGGAAGGAGGCAGCAUUUUUGAGGCAGAAUAACGAGCAAGCCCCUUCAGAAGAGCCCGAAAAUAAGGAGCAGUCAGAGGAAAAAGGGGCGGAAGCCAAGAUGGAGAUUGGACCGAUCGAUUAUGAAGAGACUACGGACCUCUUAGGGAAUAUGUUCCAAGCCGAGGAGCCAGUUUUGGAGACAGGCGUAAUUCUGGAAGAGUUAAACAAAGCCGCCAUCCAGAUCCGUGACUUUGGGAAAUGGACUGGACUUAGUCCUCGACGAGUUUUGGAAGAUACGUGCAAGGCAAGGGAUACCGGAUGCACCGUCAUCUUCAAGGAUAUUUCUUCUGCGCCGCAUCUAAAUAGAAAGGCAGUCGAAGUAAGAUGGUCUAAACCCCAGGAGGUGCCAUCUUUAUUCGAAUGGGAUACAGUCACCCAUAAAUCAAGCACUUAUGCCACUUUUGUCUCCAUGGAUACGUUAGCAACGCCAACCACACAGCAAGCGGAAUCGUUUGUCUCGACACUUGCGCUUUUUAUCCUUUUCCCCCAGAGCUCCAAAGAGGGUAAGGCUUACCUGCGUCUUCCAGCAGUGUGGAGAGAACUCUGGACCGAAAUUGCGGGCGUAAAAAAGCUCCAAGAGGAUGAGGCUGAUAAGAAAACAAUCAAACAAAUAAAGAUGUUGAUCCAGGAGAAUCAGGGCAACUUCGAAGAUGACGUGGUACUAUCGGAUAAUUUCCGGAGACGAAAUGGGACGUCUAGCAAGCCAGAGUCUCCAGCCGGGGCACCCACCCCAAGAGAAGCUCCAGGCUCUGACUCUCAGUUGCAGAAGAUUUGGAUGGAGAAGUCAUCCACUCCUUCUUUCAAUAAUAUGGCCCAAGGACGGAUGAACCUUCCUAUCUGGGCUUUCAAAAACGAGAUACUUAGCACACUUGACACCCACCGUGCGCUUAUCAUUUGUAGUGAGACAGGUAGCGGAAAGAGCACGCAGAUACCUUCGUUUAUCCUUGAACAUGAGAUGACACAUGGCCGGCCUUGCAAGAUCUAUGUGACAGAACCCCGAAGGAUCUCUGCUAUAUCAUUGGCGCGACGGGUUAGUGAAGAACUGGGCGAAAGCAAAAAUGAUGUUGGGACGGCCCGCUCGCUCAUCGGAUUUGCUGUCAGAUUGGAGAGCAAGGUCAGCCAAUCGACCAGAUUGGUAUUUGCGUACGUUCGCCAUCUGCAAUUCAUCUCAGGAGUGUAAACUGACCUUGCUAGAACAACUGGUGUUGUGGUGCGUAUGCUGGAGCGUCCGGAAGAUUUCCAAGAUAUCACCCACGUCGUGCUUGAUGAGGUUCAUGAGCGUUCUAUUGAUAGCGACUUCCUCCUUAUUGUCCUGCGCCGACUGAUGCAGAGGCGGCCAGACUUGAAGUUGAUCCUGAUGUCGGCUACGCUCGAAGCUCAACGGUUCUCUAAUUAUCUCGGCGGUGUCCCUGUCCUUAAUAUUCCAGGGCGAACUUUCCCCGUG